UGACCGGGCAGGAAGCGGUGCGGGCUGGUUCCUUCACAGAACCACAACCAGCACUUAGUUUGAUUUAAUACGGCGGGUACUGCCAAAACAAGUCGGUUAUCUCGCGGUUAUUACUGUGAAUACCUUUGGACCGGCUCCGAUCAGGGACAGGGGAGAUAUCCUGGAUGUCACCAUGGCUGCAAACUUUAGCAUUUCCAGCGACAGCGACUCAGAGCCCUCGGAGGAGGUAGAGGAAGGAGAACACAGCCAAUCACCAGCCGAAGAAGGGCAGCAGGUGUCCCAGCGCCACGCCCUCACCCUACCUGAGCUCAGGAUGGCAGGUCGAAUCAGGCUGAACUCAGAAUCCAAAGCUUCCACUGUCUCCAGGGACGUGGAGCUCCAGGCGAGGGUUGAAGACGAGGCCGGUACGCCCACCGAUGGAGCGCCGUUCAGGGGGCGGUCCAAGUCGGCUCCCCCUGCUUUAUGGGCGGCCAAGAAAUACGGCCGGCAACUCCGAAGGAUGAGUGACGAGUUCGACAGCCUACUAGACAAAGGGGAGAUGAGGAAGGUGAAGAGUGCUGGGACGCCCAAACAGAUGCACCACUCGAGGAGCUGGUGGAGCUACCUCUUCAGCCACCAGGAGAUGGAGGGAGAGAACAACCACCAUGAAAACCACACACACCGCACUGAGUAGGCACCGGGAGAGGAACACUGGAGCGAUGCAGGGUUCGGCGGAUGGAGGGAUCGCUUGGUGACGAGAAGAAAAGCAGUGGGGAGGCCAAGAGAAUAGUCGAGAAGAGAACAAUGAGACGUGCUCUGAGAAGGAAUAAUCAAAAAGAGAGAGAUCCAAACCUGAAGGCAUGGCUAGUCAUGUCGUUUUUAUACGUCAUUGGUAACUACAUUUAAAUAAUUUUCUGUAUUGGUGUUGGUUGUGAUGUUGAUAUUCUUGGGCAGCCCACUGAGAGAGGGUGUAAAUCAGUCAGGCGUGAGGAUAGACUCAGACUCAGAACCCCAAAGAACGGAUGGAAUGGCGGGCCGACAGAGGAGACAAUGCCUUCAAAACUCACAGAGAAAGACGAGUGUAUAUUUGAGAGGUGAGCGCUCAGUUGUCUCUGCCAUCAACACUAUGCAAUAUACUGUAGAUGGAGAGAUCAGUGCACUGAAAUCACAACGCCCGCAGCCGCUUCGAAUGCUGGUAGAAUCUCCUUCCUCGUCUCCUUGAGGAGGUGACAAAGUCACUGUGUAACCGAUGCUUGCUCAGCUCCAACACAAGCUGCUGGAGAUCACUGUAAGUGUGUGCCAAAUUAAUCUGCAGGCAAAAGAGCAAAGGAGGGAUUUUUUUGAGUAUUCAACCGGGGCCUUUAUCCAGCUUCCUGUUCUGCUACCUGCGAGCCAGAACCAAGACUCAAAACAACUGUACUCGACUAUCAUUCACUGCUUUGUAGCUCAGAUUUAGCUAAAGAGGAACAAUCUUGUACAAGGACAAUCUCUGACCAUGCAGAAAUACUAUCUUUUGUAAACUUCAGGGUUAGAUUAUAUCUGAGGAAAAUCACAUUAAACACACAUAUAAAAGCUCAAAAAACAAUAUGAAUCUAUCCUUUAAAGCCUCGGAUGAGCAACAAAAAACAACUUUGGAAUUUUUAUAUGUAAAUAUUUUGUGGAUAUUUUAUCAAAUGGCAGGGGGCGAGGUUAAAAGCUUCGUGGUACAGCCAGAGUUUUAUUUUACAAGGCUACCACGCUAUUUAAUAAGUCAGGCCGACCUAGCAAUAGGCAGUGUACAAUCGAUGGCUGUGGUGAUAAAUGUGAUGUGCAUAUUAAAGGUGUGGGUGGGGAUGAAUUAACUGCUGUACGAGGAGCCAACACACAAGCCUCUGGCCUCACUGAUCAGUACCCGGUGCUGACGGGUGGUGGAUUUAGAGUCUAGACACAUUUUAAAACAGCUGGGAGGGAUUCAAAGUAGAUUUUUACAAACUGUUAGAUGGGUUUAUAAAACCAUUUUUUGACGGUGGGUGAUUAACUUUCAUGUGCAUUGGGAUGUGAAUAAAAUGGGAUCUUAAUAUAUCAAGCCUUAGGUUAAAGAGUGCUGAUCUUAUUUAUGUAUUCAGGCUUUGGGCACAUACGACACACAAUCUGAAUUUUAUUACUAUAUUAACAAUUGUAUGCUCCGAUCAGCACUUCUACACAGCUUGGUGAAUACGAUUAGGCUAUCUGUGACUUGUUCAUUGGUAUGUGGGUCUUGAAAAUGGUAAUAGGUUUGUUCUGCUUGUGUCUUUGCCCCUUCCUCUCAACUGGUGGGGUUGAGUGGUGCAGGCUGAAGGGGCAAGUCUGUGUCGUCUUUAAACUGAAGCUUUUGCUCUGUCGUUUUCAUAGCUUUUUGGGUUAGGGUUUUAGGGCAAUUUUUAAUCAGAGUUCUGGACAAUCUGAAUGGCAUCACCUUUUUAAACAUUCAUGUCUGACAUGUCUGUUAGUAACAUAUGCAUCAACCUGACUCUGUAAGAUGACCUGACUGGAACAUUUUGGUAAAUCUUUAGUUGAACUAAUAUCUGCUAUAAAGCUCCCAAAACAGUUCAAGGUGCAGCAUGUAAGAAAUCAUUACCAUAUCCACUGAAGUUAGCAUGCUAACCCGCUAGCCCUUCGAUACUUUUUUACCCCAAGAACACUAUUGCUCCAAGCUUAGCAUGCUAAUUAGCAUGCUCCAACACAUCCUGGUCCAAAGCUCCUGUGCUAGUAGAGCUCUCAGUCCGAACCGCUAGCGCAUGGCUAACUGAGCUAACUAUCUAUGGGCGGCUCCAAUUAGCAGCAGUUAACGGUUACGGUAUGAAUUUGACACCUGGGUAAUUUUUACAUAUUGCACCUUUUAAUACAUUAAGACUAUGCUGUUACAUUUAAACCACUCCCUCUAAGAAAGAAACAGUUCAACCAUGUUAUGAUAUCAGAUCAGGGAACAGGUAAAGCAGGAAUGGCUUUUCUUUGUUUUACAUUCAAGCAGACCUUUAUCAUUCAGUCCACUGGCAGAGAGCUUGGGACCAGGUAUAAAUGCUUUAAUCUCUGUUGGGAACAAAGUCCAGCUGGAAUUUAUAAGAGUAUAAUAUUGUUCUGAGCUGCCUUGAACAUGCUGUAACCUGUGAUGUGACACCACACACCCAGCCUUGUGUGUUUACCUAAUUACCGCCUUAAACUUCACAGCUUGCUGUCACACAUCACGCUCAAGAAACGAUCACUUAAAAGCACAAUAACGUGGUUCGCUGUCACGGCCGCGAGAAAAACAAAAUGGCGAUUGUGAAAGAUUUCAGAAGAUGUCGUGUUUUGUGACCAACACCCCUGUGGCGGUGAACACACGCCAGAGGGAAAGCCUACCUGGGCACCUGGAGUUUUGCAACCAUCCUUGAUAUUACUUGAAUCCGUAGACGUGUGGAGAAAAUUGAAUUCUAGUCUUUCCUUCUUCUUCUUUUUUUUUUCUUAAUUUUUUAAUGACUUUUGUAAAUGUAUAUUCUCUACAGCUGUGAAACUUCUGGUAUAUGCUGUCCUGAAUAAAAUAAUUUUAAGAGUG